GAGUACUUGUAUAUCCAUAAAUUUGAUUUAUUGCAGGGAGAGCGUUGUGGGCAGCCUUACGAUGUACGAAAUGACACUUUUCUCUUUUAUCCGGUAGACGAACACCCUCUUGAGUAGUUAUCCACCAUGAAUACUGAAUGGUCGUCCAGCAACGCCAAUGAGAUUCAAAACCAGAUAAAAAGGCCCUUCCCAACAGAAGCUGCCCUGACGACUACCACCACAAACUGCGUGGUUGUCGCCGUGGAUCACUCUUCUUUAUACUAUAGAGUCUGCGCUGGAUGUGAAAGACCACUCCCUGACCCCAACCCCGACACUCCCUCACCCGUUUGUAUGUACUGUUCUUCUUCAGCUUCCUCCAACCCAACACCCUCUGCUUCCAAACUACUCUUCCGUGUCCUUAUGUCUAUAGCGACGGAUACCAAGGUAUUCGUGGUGAUAAUGUUUGACAGAGCGGCUAGGGUUCUGUUUGGCUGCUCCGCUGACGAGUUCUUUGAGUUUACCAAGACUCAUCCUUUUGCAGCUAGAAGUGCAGGUAAAGCUCUGGAGGGGGAGAUGCUGAGGAUGACCUUGUCACAGCCCAAAAAUGGGAAUGCACGUAAUCUCAGAGUGCUUUCAGUAGUUCCCUUGAGGUGUGGUUUUCAGCCCAUAAUUACAACUUUGAGGGAAUUGUAUUUAGUAAAUGCAGUCUUGUAAUAAUAUUUUUUAUUUUUGAUGUCACAGAAUCUCUAACGUCUUCACUGCCACCAUUUUCUUUUUUAUUUGCUCCUGCUUCCUUAUUUUUCUAGAAAAUGUAUGUUUGUAUUAUAUUACUGAGUAUUUUCGUAUAAUGAAAUUCUUAUAAUGUUACGUACACUGGUUCUUUCUAUGUGG